AUGGCGACAGCUCGUCGCGCAGCAAAGGCCACAGCCAGGCUUCUUUCGGACGCAGCUGCGCCCUCGUCCCUCCGCUGCGUCGUCACGCCUCGGAGAUGCUUGUCCAACCUCGCCCAUCGCAAGCCCGUGCCAGUGGCUCAGCUGCGGCUCGUCACCGCCGCCCCUCAAGCUACAUCGCCGCCUUUGCUGCGCGCCUACAGCACGGCCGGAAACUCUUCGGCGGCCGCUCAGCCGUCGAUCCUUCAGCUGUCCGAAGCCGACCACGGCAGGGCAAUUGCAGAGGUCUUCAAGGAGCGCCUACCUCCCAACCAUCCGAAAGUUUUCCUCGCGCGCCUUCAGGACGGGUCCUACCACUCGCUCUCCACCGUCAUCCCGGCGACGGCUGAGACGCUCGAGGCCCUUUCCUUCGACUCGCCCGACCCGGCAGCCAGACAUGCGUUCUGGCUCUCGUCGGCUUACCUCCUCGGCAUGGCUGUCCGCGAAGUUCUCGGCGAGCGGGUCAUGCUCGCCGCAUCGCCGACCCUCAAUGCCGCCGGAGCGGGCGGCGCAGGCUUCGCUUACGAGUACUUCCUCCGGUCAACCUCCGAUCGCAACUCGGGAGAGUCGUCGUCGGCCACCGCAGCCUCGGCUCAGUCCGCUGUCAUCACGCUGAUCGAGUCACAGCAGGGGCAUCCUAGCCUCUCCGAAGCCGAGAUCAAGCAGAUCGAAAAGCGGCUCGAGAAGCUCGCUUCGAGCAACCUCAAGCUGCAGCGCGACAGCGUGUCUCUUUCGGAAGCCCGGGAGCUUUUCGGUGGCAACCCCUUCAAGGCUGAGAAGGUCGAGGUCAUGGCAGCCCGUCAUGGCUCGGAUUUGAAGAUUCCCAUCGUCCGGAUUGGAGACAGCUUCGCCGACUUACUGCCUUCGCUCGAGGUCGGAUCGGACUCAGACCUGCUCAUCCCGGACUCGAAGCCGAUCAAGGCGGUCAAGAUCUCGGACUGGUCCGCGGCCACCUGGACGCCCUCGGACCCUUUGAGCUCCGUAGCACCCCCGGCGACGCAGGCGUUGACCCGUCUCCGCGCCGUCUCGUUCCCCUCUCCGGCCCAACUAAAGGCGCACCUCGCUGCGAAGGAAGCCGCCUUGGCCUCGGACCACCGCACCAUCGGCAAGGCGCAGGCCCUCUUCCUCACGCACGACUCGUCGCCCGGCACGCCCUUUAUCCUGCCGCACGGCAUGCGGCUGGCGCGCAAGGUGGAGCGCGUGGUCCGCGACCUCUACGACAUCCACGGCUACGACGAGGUGCAGAGCCCGCAGCUGUACCGCAGCUGGCUGUGGAAGAAGAGCGGGCACUGGGACAACUACCGAGAAGACAUGUUUGCCAGCGAGGGCUACAAGGAGAGGUCCGACAGGCGGAGCGCUCUAGCCGCCGCGGCGGCGGCCGGUAGCGGCAGCAUCGAGGGACGGACCUCGUGCUGCUCGAUCCACGACCCCAAGGACAAAGGCAAGUCCCGAGAGACGGCGACGACGGCCGCGCAGCAGGGUGAAGCCGACGAGGAUGCCGACUCGUUUGGGUUGAAGCCGAUGAACUGUCCCGGCCACUGCCUCAUCUUUGGCAGCCAGGAGCGCUCCUACCGCGACCUGCCAAUCCGGUACGCCGAGUUCAGCCCGCUGCACCGCAACGAGGCGUCCGGGUCGCUGUCGGGCCUGACGCGGGUGCGGCGCUUCCACCAGGACGACGCGCACGUCUUUUGCCGGCCAGACCAGGUGAGCGGCGAGAUUGAGUCGAUGCUCACGAUGCUCUCGUCGGCGUACGAGACGUUUGGGUUCCAGCAGUUCGAGCUGGUGCUCUCGACGCGCCCGGCCAACUUUAUCGGGAGCGUCGCCGAGUGGGAUGCGGCCGAGUCGGACCUCAAGCGCGCCCUCGACGGCAGCGGGCGCCAGUGGACGCUCAACGAGGCCGAUGGCGCGUUUUACGGUCCCAAGAUUGAUAUCCGCCUGGUUGACGCCGCGGGGCGCAAGCACCAGACUGCGACGAUCCAGCUCGACUUUCAGCUGCCGCAACGCUUCGAUCUGGCCUACACUGACGAGAGCGGCGGAAAGAGUCGACCCGUCAUGAUCCACCGCGCCAUCCUCGGCAGCGUCGAGAGGUUCCUCGCCAUCCUCAUUGAGCAGACGAGCGGAUGGUGGCCCUUCUGGCUCAGUCCGCGCCAGGCCAUCGUCCUUCCCGCAUCCCGCGACGAGGCCGUGGUAGAGUACGCCGCCAAGGUGCAGAGGGUACUCAGCCUCGGCUUCGACCCCACUCCCCACCCCGCCGGGCCGAAGACGACGAGAGAGAGACCGCUGCAGCGGUUCUACAUCGACCUCGUCUCCAACUCCAACGACAAGCUCGCCAAACUCGUCCGUUCCGCCCAGCUGGCGCGGUACAACUACAUCCUCGUCGUCGGCGAGGCUGAGAGGCAGGACGGCACCGUCAAUGUCAGGAUGCGCGACGAUGCCAACGCGCCCGCUGGCAUCAAGAGGUUGAAGGACGAGCAGCAGCGCCAGAGCGAGGGCGAGGGCGAGGGCGAGGGCGAGGGUGCGGCGCCGUCGCUCCAAGGGAGCGUCAGGCUCGAGGAUCUCAGACAGGCCUUCUGCAGGCUAGACAGGAGGCAGACUUGGUGA